AUGAAGGGCCUCGUGUUGAAGCAGUCGCUGACUGCCGCCUUGGCGAGCGCCACCAGGCGGAGCGGCCGCAGCGCGGCGCCGCGCUUCCAGCCUGUGCGGGCCGAGGCCGCCCGCGGGCCUGAGCCUGCGCGGAGCUCCGCGGUCGAGUUCCCGCACCCGGCGUUCGUCUCGCGGGACGACCCCACGCUGCUGGUGCCCGAGAAGAAGGAGCUCCCGCUCGGCAAGGAUCGCCUCGCGGCGGGCCUGGCGCGCAAGACGAAGAUCGUGUGCACCAUCGGCCCGGGCACGGCGUCGGUGGAGAUGCUGACCAAGCUGGCGGAGGCCGGGAUGAACGUGGCGCGGCUCAACAUGUCGCACGGCGACCACAGCUCGCACCUCGCGGUGAUCAACAUGGUCAAGGAGAUCAACGCCAAGGGGUUCCACUGCAUCGGCCUCCUCCUGGACACCAAGGGCCCUGAGAUCCGCUCGGGCGACCUGCGCGAGCCUCUGCAGCUCCAGCGACACGACCGCCUGGUGCUGACGAUCCGCGAGGGCGCGCAGGGGCAGGACAACGUCGUGUCGAUCAACUACGACGGCUUCGUGGACGACGUCGGCGUCGGCGACAUGAUUUUGGUCGACGGCGGCAUCAUGUCGUUCAAGUGCGUCGAGGUGACGGGGACGGACAUCGUGUGCGAGGUGAUGGAGGGCGGGCAGUUCAAGUCCCGGCGGCACCUCAACAUCCGCGGCAAGAGCGCGUCGCUCCCGAGCAUCACCGACAAGGACUGGGACGACAUCACGUUUGGCGUGGAGAACGGGGUCGACUUCAUCGCGCUGAGCUUCGUGAAGGAGGCGCAGACGAUCCGCGAGCUCAAGGAGUGGCUCGAGGAGCGCGGGUCGCACGCGCACGUCCUCCCGAAGAUCGAGUCGGCCACGAGCGUGCAGAACCUGGAGGAAAUCCUCGACGUGUCGGACGGCGCGAUGGUCGCGCGCGGGGACCUCGGCGCGGAGCUCCCCGUGCAGGAGGUGCCGUACUGGCAGAGCCGCAUCGUGCAGGGCUGCCGCCGGCGCGGGAAGAACGUGAUUGUGGCCACCAACAUGCUGGAGAGCAUGAUCGAGAACCCGACGCCGACGCGCGCGGAGGUGUCGGACAUCAGCAUCGCGGUGCGCGAGGGCACCGACGCGGUGAUGCUCAGCGGGGAGACGGCGUACGGGAAGUACCCCCUGCGGUCGGUGCAGGUCAUGUCGCGCGUGGCGCUCACCACCGAGGCCUCGAUGCUGAGCUACCGCGGCGCGCGGCGGUUCGGGACGGACGAGUCGGAGCGGAUCGACUGGAUCCGCCGCCCGAAGGACGACGAGGAGCCCACGCUGCUCGAGAUCACUGAGAUGUUUGCCUAUCAUACCACCAUGAUGGCCAACACGCUCAAGGCGCCCAUCGUCGCGUUCUCGCGCUACGGGACCGUCCCGCGCCUCCUCAGCCACUACCGCCCGGACAACCGCAUCUUCUGCUUCACCGAGUCCACCCACAUCCAGCGGCUGCUGACGCUCGCGCACGGCGUCGUGCCCAUCAAGAUCGGCUUUGGCGAGGGCGCGGAGGAGACCAUCGACCGCGCGCUGAGCAUCCUCGUGGAGCGCGGGCUCACGCGGCCGCACCAGCAGGUCGCGCUCGUGCGGGGCGGCGUGCAGCCCAUCUGGAAGAGCACGGACGGCUCCACGCACGCCAUCCACGCGCGGCGCUGUCCCGACGUCGUCGUCGACGGAGAGGUGGUGUAG